CCGCGUGGUUUUUAUGCUUUUGAUGCCCGAGGGACCUCGCGUUUGACAUUCCUGGCAUUCCGACCGCAGUCCCUCCUCGGUUACUUAUUAUCACCGCCUGCUUUCCCCGCAGUCACUUCACAGCGAGAGCGCAGCGCACCACGAGACACGCUCGACGGUGGAAACGGUGGAAAUAAGUGGAAUUUACCUUCGAGAAAGGAGCGUUUGGAUGUGAUGCGCGCGUAAAGCGGGUUGACAUACAUUUUUAUUUAUUUUUACUCCCAAAAAAGAAGAUCUGCUGAUCGCCUGAGAAAAACUUCCUCACAGUAGUAUGUCAUCCGCUGAAGAGCCGUCCGGGACGGUUCUACACCGACUGAUCCAGGAGCAGCUCCGCUAUGGGAACCCCACGGACACCCGCACCUUACUGGCCAUCCAGCAGCAGGCCCUGCGUGGAGGCAGCAGUGGGAGCAACAGCGGACCCAGCAGUGGCGGCGACAUGAGCCGGAGCCCCCGAUCCUCUCUGGAGAGUCUCACCCAGGAGGACUCGCUGCUCCCCCAGCUCUCUGCCAGGCAGGAGCCUCAAGGCCAGGAGUAUCAAGGAGACUACCAUCACUCAGAGAGCGACUUCCAACUGCACGGGGAGAAGCUGCCCACCUAUGAGCAGGCCAAAGCUCACUCCCAGUACCUGGCCUCUCACUGGGACCCCAUGGGGCAACUCAACGAGGGGCCACUCCUGCUGCGUGACGGGGUCUUUCACGAAGAACCAACCAUGCUGGAGCAGAAGUGCAGCCACGUCCGGUCGCUGAGUGAGCAUCGACUGCAGUUAUCUCUGGAGAGAAGAGAUGUUGAGACUGUGAAGAGCAUCUCUCACAGCUACCCCGAGCUUCCCUAUUACCCAACGCAGUGCUUCCAGAGCCAGGAUAAACGCAACCCACCCCCAGAGUACACCGCCCCCAUCCACGGCCAAGGAUUUAUCCCCCACCAGGUCCAGGAACCAGUGCAAGCUCAGCAGCACAGAUAUGUCCAGUCUGGUCAGUCAACUGAAGUCCCCUGCUACACUUUCAACAGUCUGCCCCCUGCUGGCUUGGAGGAACCAAAUCAAGUAGAGCUGCUGCUGAUGGAAAAUGAGAGGCUGAGGCAGGAGUUGGACUCUCACAGGGAGAAAACGGGACGCAUUCAAAAGUUGGAGCAGGAGAUCCAGCAUAUUUCCGAGGCCUACGAGACACUGAUGCAGGGCAGCAAAAAGAGGGAAAACUUGGAGCAAACUCUCAGGAGGAGGCUGGUGGCCGAGAUCAGGAGGCUGCAAGAUUUCAACAGAGAUCUCCGAGAAAACCUGGAAAAUGCCAGAACACACGUUGCAAAAGAAGUAGAGGCCGCCGACCAUAACCAGCACAUCAUGGCGAAACUUCUUGAGCAAAAUGAAGAGCAGAACUUUGAGCGGGAGCGCGUGGAGCGAGAAGUGCAGCGUUUGCGAACGAACGUGGAAGAGCAGAACCUUCGGGCCAAGCGGCUCGAGGAAGCGCUGGAGGCCGCCCGGGUGCGAGGUCGCCAGCUGGAAGAGGAGCUGAGAAGGAAGAGGGCGUACGUGGAAAAGGUGGAGAGGCUUCAGAGCGCUCUGGCGCAGCUGCAGUCCACAUGCGAGAAGAGGGAGAGCCUGGAGAUGAAGCUCCGGACGAGGCUGGAGCAGGAGCUGAGGAGUCUGAGGGCGCAGCAGAGGCAGUCGCAGCCUCCUGGAGUCACAAUGAGCUCGCUCCAAGAGCGCCUGCGUGAGCGGGAGGAGCGAAUCCUGGCUCUGGAAGCCGACAUGGUGCGCUGGGAGCAGAAAUAUCUGGAAGAAAGCACAAUGAGGCAGUUUGCCAUGGAGGUGGCUGCCACUGCUGCCGCUCAGAGAGACACCACUAUCAUCAACCACUCACCCUGCCACUCCUCCAACAACAGCUUCAACGAGGACCUCCCCGAUCACAGGAAUCAGGAGAUGGAGAACAGGAUCCGAGCUCUUUAUGCACAGAUUCUAGAAAAAGAUGCUGUGAUCAAGAUCCUCAACCAGCGGCUGCACCAGGAUCAAAGUCAGAAGGAGGAGCAGAGUCCCCAAACAAACAGAUCAAACUCCUCAGAGCCAACUCCUCCGCCUGCCUCCUCCAUCAGCACCAACGGCAAAGAUAAACGUCUCAAAGACGACACAACACUUCCAGACCGCCAGUUCUCCACUCAGUCGGAACCUUCAACAUUGGAGCGACAGCUGGAAGUAGCUAAACCCAAAGAGGCUCCCUGCAUGACUAAGCUCAACAGUGACAAGGCGGCCUCUAAGAAGUUGAAUCCCUUCAGAGGGCUGGACGAGACGGAUGCAGAGGAAAUCUUCAUUUAAGGAACUGCAAUGUUGACUUUGAACGGGGUGGGGGGGAGAGACACAAAGCAAUGCUGAGUAUCUGUGAAGGGUGAAAAACUGCUGGAUUCAAGAAUGUAAAGGAAAGAGGCCAACGGGUGAAAAAAAAGACUGUUUUGACAUUUGAGGGACGGAGCUGCGCUCCAACCCUUUUCCUCACACCGAGCUGGACGGCUGCAGGCGGUUUGACUAGCAGAGUGAGAAAAUCUUCUGAGGUACUUGGACAGUAUUGUGGAUUGUAAUAAGGCAACAUGUUCUCAGAAAGUGUAUGCCAAAGUAUUUAUAUAAAUCUAUCUAUAUAUAAAUAUAUAUAUAUAAUUGCUGCUUUCCCCUUUUUAUUAUCCUUUUUAAUUAUUUUCCCAGUGAGUUAAGAAGCUCCAUAUUUAUCUAAUCAGGUUUCCACAUUCCCUAAAUAUUAACUCCUCUAGAUAAAUACUCAUUCAGAGGUUAUCUAUGUGACCCCGCCUUUUGAAAAUAUGUGGAUUUAAUCUUGAGUAAUCCCAUUACUGUUACAUAGAUUCCAUUAGUUUGAUUAAUUUAAAUGCAUAAAUGUAAAGCUCCGUCUGUUCACAUUUCCUCGGCCUCUGCGGCUGGUUUCUCUGAGGUUUUGAGGCACGUGAACGCAGAGCGUUUUUUAAUAUAUGAAAGACUGAUAUUUCGUUUGAGAACCGACACAGACCGGAUGUGUGUUUGCAGUUUGUUUGUCACAUCUCGGUGUUGUUGUUGAUUGUGAUGCUCCCUCAUUCUUUCUCUUAAAAGUAUGUCUGUGUUCAGUAGUUGUGAGCCUGGUCUCUAGUGAUUCUGCUGGUUUGGUCACUACGGAUCAGGAUUUUUGUUUACUGUGAGCUUUGAACUAACAAACAGGUUAAUAAAUAUAUAUUUUAUACAAA